AUGGUUGACAUCAACCAUUUCAAUGGCCGAGGCACCCACUCUCAGCAGUUGAGCCUUGCGGCACCCGCAGUCUAUUAUGGACACAGUAUCUUCACCAUGGCCACCAAGACACCAGGUGUCACAGAAGAAUUAGUAUCCCGACUUCAUGCAGAAGUGGAGUGGCUUGGGCCCAACUGGGACAGUGAUGAAUCGCCUUUGAGUCUGAAGCAGAAGAAGAAGGGCAAGGCUAAGUCUUAUCCACCCUCACCGGUCGAACCAGAGGCCGAGGAAGCGGGCCAAGGGGAGUUGAACGGCCACAAGAGGCUGUGGGCGCCAAGGGCGAACCACUUGUGCACCCAUUCAUCCGCCAGCCCAUUACCAAAACCAACAGCCGUUUCACCAAAGCCGACACCUGGACAGACCAAUGCACGGCAUGCAGCCUUUGAGGUUGCCACAAAGGCCCCAGCGGAUCAAUGUCCUGCUCCUAAUCAACCAGCUUCGUCUAUCUAG